UUGGUGGAUAUUUAACUUGUGAUACUGAUAUAUUUUACUGGUCGUUGAUGAUUUUUGCGAUUGGACAAAUGAAAAUCUUGCAAUAUAAGUUUAGAAAUUUGAGUGUGCAUGCUCAGGGCUUUGUUGAAAAGAGAAAAUGAAUAAGGAUGAAGCUGUGAGUCAUUGUGUAAGGAAAUGUAUUUUGUUACAUCAAAUGAUUAUCAAUUAUGUAACUGGUGUGGAUGACAAAUUAAAGUUGUUAAUGUUGAUGGAUUUUGGUAUUUGUUCAAUGCAAAUUGGCGUAAUUGGUUUCCAAGUCAUUGUUACUGGUUUUGGUUUUGCUCAAUUAUUCGCUCUGGAAUAUUUAGUGGCGAUGUUGGUGCAGAUGUUUUUGUUCUAUUGGCAUGCCAAUGAAAUUAUUCUAGAAAGUUCCAAUGUUGCAAUAGCAAUCUGGGAAGGAGAAUUCUAUGAAUAUCCGUUGCGCGUGCAAAAAUCGCUGCAAUUCGUGGUGAUGCGAGCGCAGAAACCAUUGAACUUGAAGGUUGGACCUUUUUAUUCUAUGUCUACUACCACUGCAAUUUCUAUUGUGCGUGUGGCAUAUUCUUAUGUUGCAUUAAUGCGUCAAAAAUCCCACAACAACUAUAAAAACACCGAAUUAUUUUACGCAUUUUGCUUCAUUCGCAAAGUACCCACUCACAAAUCACAAUCAGACAAAAUGGAACAUGAUCAACACAUGAAGAUAUGUCUUCGAAGUCUGGUAGUGUUCGGUUCGUGGCCUUUAAAAUUCAAAAACGCAAAAAUACUCGAAUAUCUACACGCAUUAUACAGCCGAGUAAUGUUUCUUUACUUCGGCGUAUUCGUCAUAACUGAAUACAUUGACAUUGGACAACGCAUCAACGAAAACUUCUUCGAUCUGGUGAACAACCUUUCAGUUUCAUUGUUAUACACCGUAACAUUUUACAAGACGUUUAUAAUACGCAGCACUGCAAUGAGUAAAAUCGUCGAACAAAUCCGUACGAUUGAGAAAACAAUUCUUCAUGGUGAUGACGAAUCAGUAAAACACAUCUACAGAUACCACGUUAAAUGGAACGAUAAACUUAGCAAAGCUUUCAUAAUCAUAGUUUUCUUUACCCUCGCGCCAUUUUUUAUAAAUCCUUUAAUUGUUUUAUUCACAUCAGAAGAAGUUCGCAAUGGUACAGUUGAUAAACCACUACCAUUCAGCAGUUAUUUACCAUUUGAUAAAAACUACUACUAUGGAACUAGUUUUACACUUCAUUUCUUUGCUGGUGUUAUGGGUGGAUUCCUCACUGGCACUACAGAUAUCUUUUACUGGGCGUUAAUGAUUUUUGCCAUUGGACAAAUCAAAAUUUUACAGUACAAGUUUAAAAAUUUAGGUAAACAUGCUCUGGCGCUAAUGGACAAGAGUAAAAUGAGCAGUGAUGAAGCCGUUAACCAUUGCAUGAAGAAAUGUAUCAUUUUACAUCAAAUUAUUAUCAAUUACGUAACGGAUGUAGACGACUUGAUGAAGCCGUUGAUGCUGAUGGAUUUUGCAAUUUGCUCCAUGUUAAUUAGCGUGGUUGGAAUUCAAGUUAUCGUCAGUGGAUUUGGCAUUGCACAGGUUUCUAGUCUUCAAUAUUUGUCAAGUAUAAUGGGGCAGUUAUUUUUGUUUUAUUGGCAUGCAAAUGAAAUAAUUCUUGAAAGUUUAGAUGUGUCUAUUGCAAUUUGGGAAGGACAAGUCUAUUCGUAUCCGUUAAAUGUACAAAAAUCAUUGCAAUUUGUUAUGUUGCGAGCGCAAAAACCAUUGACUUUGAAUGUUGGACCAUUUUAUGCGAUGUCUACUACAACUGCACUUUCGGUUUUACAAGCGGCGUAUUCGUAUGUUGCUUUGAUGCGUCAAGCGUACAGUUAAACGAGAUUUUGAAAGAUUUAAUAUUAAAAAAAUUAAUAUUAGGCUGUAUGAUUUUAAAUGUAUGAAGUAUGUGGGAAAUUAUUUUUAUAUUUUUAAGCACUUUAUGAUAAAUUAUAUUUGUGUGCAAUUAAUUACAUUUACUUUGUGUUUUGCACCUAUUCAGAAGUGCGUUUGAUAUUAUUUCAUGUUAUGCCAAUAGUUACGAAACGAUCGUUACCACUAAAAAGGAACUGUUGAUGUUGACAUAUUUUGUAACAUGUUACACAUAUAAUAUUUCCGAAAUUAACAUAUUUUGAUUUAAUUUAUAAUUUUUAGUACUAAUAUACU